AUGAGAGAGUUCAAUUUUACAGAGCACACUAUCCCAUACCAACCCAGCUUGAAGAUACAGGAAAACACCAAUUUGUCAGUUUCUCAAAUCUUCCAUGGGCAUCCCUUACCGGCAAUAGCAGAUCGCGGACAGCGACCCCAGCCAUUGGAGAUCAGAACGAUUCGGAAGCUGUGGGAGACUGCGGAAAGAUUGUGUCUUCACAUCGACGUGGAUCUCGGGGUCGAUCGAUCAGUGAAAUAUAAGACAGGAGGCCACCUUGCGAUUUGGCCAAGUAAUCCCAGUCACGAAGUGGACCGAUUGAUUGCAGCCUUGAGCCUUACGGGCAAGGAGCACGUUCCGAUAACCAUCGAAGCUGCCAAACAGCCUGGACAGAUGCCCAUUUCUAUACCCACACCUACGACUAUCCACGCGCUCAGUGCAGAUGACUUUCAGUCAGAGAUCGUAGUCCCACACGCGACUUUGGCGGACGUUUUGGAAAACACAUGCGCCAAAGGUGUAGGCGUGUGGAACAUUCCAUUAUCUUUUAUUCUUGAACGGACAAAGCCGAUGAAGCCACGACUCUAUUCCAUCUCCAGCUCUACAAUCGUUCAUCCGCGAACGGUUUCCAUCACUGCGGUCGUAACAAAAACCCCGGCCUGUCCCCCGAGGUCACCACAUCGCUACAAUGGCUGCUACGGGCUGACAACUGCGUAUCUCCGAGCACUGGAGUCGGCGAUCAACGAUACCAAACGGUCUGUCAUGACCAGUGAAGUUCAACCUUCGGAAACGAUGCCAUUCGACCUCCAUGGACCAGGAGCAGUUUUAGCAGGCAAGAGUAUGUUUGGCAUUGUUCGGCAGAGCUCAUUCAAAUUGCCGAACAAGGCAUCCACUCCCAUUAUUAUGAUUGGAGCCGGAACUGGCAUUGCUCCCUUCCGGGGGUUCGUACAGGAACGCGUGAAGAGAAAGGAGCUGGGGCAAGAAAUUGGCGAAACAAUUCUGCUCAUGGGAUUCAGGAACUCCACGGUGGAUUUCAUUUACCGAAACGAGUGGAAAGAGUGGAGAGAAAUACUCACCCCUGCCAUCUUCAAGUAUAAGGUUGCGUUCAGCAGGGACGACGAGUGUGAAAAACUGCACGUCCAAGACCUAUUGAUCCAAAGUGGAAGAGAGAUUUUCAGGCUAUUGAAUGGCGAUGUGCCGUGCCAGGUAUACAUCUGUGGAGCUGCGGCCAUGGCUCGGAAUGUCAUGACCACCUUGGCCACUUUGAAGAUGACGUUUUGCAACGUGGGGGAGGUUGAGGCACUUGCAUGGGUCAAAAAGAUGCAACAGUCGAAGCGAAUUUUGGAGGAUGUAUGGGGCUAG